UCGGGUAUUUCGAUUGGUGUUCAUCUUCGCCCCUUAUUUAUACCAGGAAGUGUAUUGUGUUUACAUAGUGCCCCUGGAAUGAGAUMAUUAUCCUCUUUCAACAAGGGCCAUGGGGAACACCGACAGYGUUGUGGUGCAGAAACGGCUGGCCCGUUUUCGCCCAGAGGAGCGGCCGGUUGUGGAGGGAGUGUUCGAUCGGCUCCACGGCGCGAGUCCAGCAGGUGGCGCUGGAAAAGCAGGGAAGGUUUUAACGCUGGGCAUGUUGAAACCCUGUAUGGGAAACAUUGCCUCAGACUCUAUGAUAAAGAGGGUCUAUGCUGGGAUGUGUAGCAUGGACCCCGGAGUGGCCCCUCCUCCCCCUGGGGCUGGGGUGAGUCGAGAGCAGCUGGUGGUCUUCUUGGCCGAUGUCCUGCGAGGCACUGCAGAGGAGCGGGCGCCCCUUUUCAUGGCAAUGGCUCAGGGGGCAGGGACAGGUGUUGCCACAUGUGACCAAAUAAUGGAGUUCUUGCAGGACCUGGUUUCUGCUGUGGUACAGAUCAUCAUCCAGAAGGGUCGUUUGCAGGGCUGGAAGCCAGAGCGUAUGGCUGACGGUUCCAUUGGUGUUAAACUAUUGGCUGAACAGAUGAGCUCUGAACUAAAACCCUCAGACCAGCGUACCUGUGACGUCCCAUGUUUGGAGGACUGGCUGUUCAGAGUUUCCAAUGUGGCCAUGUACAUGGACCUUCUGAUAGGUGAAGGCCUAAACGUGGGCUUAACCUCCCGUCCCCCUCCCACCCUACUGCCCCCAUGCUGGGAAACCCCUUGGGAGAAGCUGCGCUGCCUGCUGGACCUGCCAGUGCUGAUGUUCCUCACACCACAGUUACCUGAUGGGUACAACAUCCCCUGGAAGCUGCUUUUCUCCACUCAGCUGCAUGGGGAGAGCUUCACCAAAAUAGUAGGCAGCUGUAAAGGCCGAGGGCCCACCGUGCUCCUGAUCAAAGACACUAAGGGACACAUCUUUGGUGGCUUCGCCUCCCAUGGCUGGGAAGUAAAGCCUCAGUUCCAAGGAGACUCCAGGUGCUUCCUGUUCUCAGUAUUCCCCUGUCUACGGGUGUACACCUGCACAGGAUACAACCAGCACUACAUGUACCUUAACCAGGGCCAGCAGACCAUGCCCAACGGCUUGGGCAUGGGUGGUCAGCAUGGGUACUUUGGCCUGUGGCUGGACAGUGAUUUUGGCCGUGGGCAUAGCCGGGCACGGCCUCGCUGCACUACCUACGGCAGCCCUCAGCUCUCUGCUGAGGAGGACUUCACCCUGGACUCUCUGGAGGUGUGGGGGGUUGGGAAGCCCCCUGAGGAGGAAGAGGGAGCGACAGGAGGCAAGAGGAGUAUCCUGGAUGCAGACCCUGAGGUUCAGGCCAUGAUGGAGAUGGCAGGGAAGACCCUACACAGCCAGGGCCUCCGAGAGCCAGAUGAGAACAAUGAAUAAUGAGACAUGUAGACAUGAUAUAGAUUUGUCACAGUUUCUUCUCAGACAAGACAUUUCAAGAAGAAAUUUUGUAGAAAAGAGUGCACUAAUCUCCUAGGGGCCGAUUCUGACCCGAGUUAAGCGAGCAUGAAUGGAACGUAAAUUCCCUUUUUCUCUACACUUAUUCUGACCUUGAACUUAAGCAUGGGAAUAGCAUGCUAUUCACCCGCUAUUCUUUUGGGUUGGAGAUCRAAUAAGUGUGUCUACAGGUGCGCUGUAUUCUGACCUUGACUUAAUUCCCAAAUCAUUUCACCACCUUUACGCCCAAGGAACCAUGAAUAAGGUCUAGCGAACCUACCGCUUCCAAGUGGAAAAAGCAUCUACUCUAUCCAUAAGAGUAUGAACCCAACACAUGGCCCAAUACUUGGCUGUGUCAUCACACAGUUCCAUGGUUAGUGCAGGCAAUAGAUUAGGGUAUAGAACACUAUUGUACACUAUUCUCCCUAUUAUAAAUCUAUGUACAGUACACUAAUCUUCCAAAAUUACAAUCCAACAUUACAAUGGGUUGAAGACUUGAAUGUGGCAAUUUUCAGAAUGAAUCGAACCACUUUUCUUUCUUUCGUGCGUAAAGGCUCUCCUAACCUGUUCUUUUAUGAUUCAUAAAUACUUUCCUAAGCCUAAAUAACCUACAAGAUCAGAGUAUUUUUUAAAUCUACCAAUUGGUGU